CGGGCGGCAGAGGGCAGACCGCCGCGCGCCGCCGCCCUGUGUACACUCCGCGACUUCGCAACAUGUGAACCAAAUAUGCGAUUGCCGAAACUUUAUAAAAACAGUAAAACAUUCACAUAAGAACUGUGAAUUUACAUAGCAAUAUCACCAAUAUUCACGUUAGAUUACUUAAUUAUACUUAAUAAAAGUUUCCAAAUAGUUAUUUAGAUAUCAACUAGUUUUUCGACGUGUAUAUUAAAUGUCGAAGUAGUUUCCUGUGCUUAUCGUCGACAUGCUAAAGAUGCGCCAAUUUCUUGUUCCUGUUAUACUACUCGCAAUAAUAGCGCUUUCUUCAAGUAAUGUACUUCCAAUUAUAUCCUUAUAUGAAGUAAAAACAGAGCCAUUUGACUUAAACAGCCAAAAUGACAAUAUCUUUAGUAAUAAAUUUCAAACUAGAAAUAUUCUGAAUGAUAUAUUUUAUAAUGUACCAAUUGGUACAACUGAAAAUAAUAAAUAUGCAAAAAUUCGUAAACUUAAAUAUGACGAAUGGGAUAAUAAUCGAGUUGAAAAUGAUCUUAAUAACAUAAAGAAGGACAACAGAUAUAAUGGAAAAGGAUUUCGAAAAGAACAGUGGCACAACUAUCCGAGACAAUUAGAUCGCCUUCAUAAAUAUUUGUAUGAUGACAAUAUUAUUGAUAAACGAAAUUCAAACCCUGAAGAUACCACAGACUAUAUGGAUGAACUUGAACCGAAAUUUCUUGAUAGAAAUAAUGAUUUAACUACCAACGAAUUUCUUAUAUACAAUAACGGUGAUGAGCCAAAUAUUUAUGAUGCAGCUAUAGCGACUACUAACCCCUUUUUAAUUCUUAAAAUACGUUUAGCAUGUUUGAGUAAUAAAUUAGAAAGUAUUGAUUUAUCUAAAGAUAUAAGCACCAUAUUGUCUGAACCAUCAUCAAGUAUUGAUAAAAAAGAAGAAGAAAAAAUAUUUGCUAAUGAAUUAAACCCCUCUGUGGAUGCAGUCAAAGUAAAACGAGAAAACUUGAGUGAAUCACCAGAAAAAGAACUUACAGAAAACGAUUUAAAUGGAAAAAGGUCAGUAAAAAAGAGAAUAUUUUCACUUUGGAGCCGUUUACAAAGUCUCAGUCCCAAAGGACAUGAACUGCAUCAUCGCCGGCACAUUCAUUCCUUCUACGGUUUACCAAAUAAUGGUGGAAGUGGGGUCAUAUCAGCAGAAACCAGAGCGACUUUAAUGCGACCUCCUGGAUCUCCUUUAAGAUGGGGUUAACCUACUUAUUAAGUCCUAUACAACACUGAUUGAAUUUAUUAUUUUUUAUGUUUAUGAAUGAAAUGGAGAAACAAAAAUCGAUUCAAUAAAUUUUCAUUGUUCUAUUGAAAUUUAUGUUCCUUAUCUAAGCAUUAUUUACUCCUAACAUGUUCAUAAGCCUUUAAGUCUGCAGUUAAUGAUAUAUUCAUAAAUCUUGCUUUGUGUAAGUGAAGUGUGUAAGAUCGGUAAUUAGGAGAUUGUAUGAGACCCUGUUUACUAAGACCUACUUAUUUACACAUUAUAUAUAAUGUGCAACAAUAAAUUUAUUAUAAAAUCCUUGUUUCUCGUAUUAAUAAAAUAAACUUAAAGAAUAAGAUAAAAUUAAAUAAAAAGGUGAAUUAAAAGUUCACAGAUAUAGCAGUUCAUACAUUACAGCAGCGGCCAGCAACUGAGGCAUUGAUGGACGAACGUGCAAAUGUGGACCGAGGCGUAGCCGAGGCAUACAUACGUGAGUCCAUCAAUACCUAACUGUGGCCAAGGCUUGUAUAAUACUUUUCUCAAACAAUGCGCGGAAAUCAAAAACAUAAUUUUACUUUUUAAGUUCAAUAGCGAAUAACGAACAAUAACAGUUUUUCACGCUCCAUAAUGUUCCUUUGUUUUUUUUUUUCAAUAAACAGCUUUCUAUUUGCAAGCUAGUUCGAAAUUUAAAUAAAACCUUUUAUUAGUUACCUCCUUGUAGCCAUGUUUCGAAGUAUAAGGUCAUUCCAUUUUUAAACUACAGGACAGAUAUGAGUUUACAUAGUGAUUUAUCUGGCCGCAAAACACGACAGAUACAGAUUUUCAUACAACUUUUGCCGGCCGCUGCCCGCAUGUAUCUGGCCAGUACGGCAAUUUUGAUUUAUCUCGAAGAAGAUUGUCAAAAUAAUGCUCUCAUUUCCAAGCAUGUUUGAGAAAAUAAUAUUUUUUUGUUUCUCCAUUACUUUAAAUAAUUUAUUAUUGACUGUCAGAAGUCAAUAAUUACUAAUAAUCCGUAGAUGGAUUUAUUCACUAAGCUGAAUAGUACAAUAAUAAUGACCAAACAUAUUUAUCGAAUGUGUGUUUGGUGGUAGAACAUUUGUGACAUAUAUUUGUAUCGACUGUUUUUACGAUAUCAUACAAAUAAUUAAUUAUGAUACAACAUAAUAAUAUAUAAGUAGAAAAAUAUAGAUUCGUAAGUAUUGGACUGUGGAAUAUUAGAUAUUUUUAUUUCAAUUUGCAGCAUAUAAAUAAUGAUGCUUAUUGUCGUAUAUAUUUAUAGUCGAAGUUCCAUAGACAUUUUACUUCCACGCCUAUUGUGUCUAUACUUAGUAAAGGUAUUUUAUUAACUCUCAUGAUAAUAAAAUUACGUAUAUUGUCAUCAUAUAUGUAAAUAAAUACCAUGUAU